UCUUCAGGUUCAGUGAUGCCCACAGAGGAGGUGGAGGAGGCCCCCAGCAUCACAGAGUUCCACUCUCCUACCCACGUGUUGCCCGUGGGCCAAACGACCUACUUCACCUGCAAUGCCAGCGGCACGCCGGAGCCCACAGUAGAGUGGCUCCACAAUGGCCGGCCCCUGGAGAGAAAUGGCACAGACAACCAAUCAGAGGCCUGGGUGGAGAGGGGGUUCCUCUUCGUCAGAGGAGUGAGGUAUGGCGUGAACACGGUCUGCUGCAUGGCAAGCAACAGCGCUGGCACGGCCAAUCACACCGCUGAGCUGCUUGUCUUUGAUGAUGUGGUCCUCAUUGGAUCAUCGGCCUGUGACCUUCAGCACUCACUGGAUCGGCUGGCGGCCGAGUGUGAAGCGGCUGGGAUGAGGAUCAGCACCGCUAAAUCUGAGGCCAUGACUCUUAGCAGGAAACCGAUGGAUUGCAUACUCCGGAUUUUUAACUUGUUGCCAGUCCAGAGAGCAAGCAUGUAUCCAUAUGAAGUCAAUGAUCCUGAGGCUUGUUUGAGGGUGAGAUCCAAAAGAUCUAUCCUGCCAUACCCAGUCCAUGAUGACAGCAACGCGUAUUCAGUAUUUGAGGGAGUGGGGCUGAAGAUGUUGACAAAUUUGGUUCUCAAAUCACCUUCCUGUGUCACGUACAAUGGUGUAAACUACUACCAUCAACGCAUGGUAACUUAUAGGUUGAACAGUUACCCAAUGGCAGUUGCGAUGAACAGAAUGGAUGCUCAUGGAGGUUCUCACCCUCAACCUCAAAUCAUAGAGACUGUCCGCACCUUCUUCCCUGAAACAUGGUUGUGGGACAUAGUGGAAGUGGGAAAGUCAGGUCUGGAGGAGGUGCACGUAACCGUCCCGGACACCAUCACCACCUGGGAGACUGAGGCUUUCUGCCUGUCAGAGCAGGGUUUUGGCCUGGCCUCGCCCAAAGAGCUGGUCGUCUUCCAGCCCUUCUUCCUGGAUCUCAGCCUCCCCUACUCCAUCAUCCGAGGGGAGAACCUGGAGCUGAAGGCGACCGUCUUCAACUACCAAAGCAGCUGUAUAAUGGUGAGCAUGAGCCCCUUAAUCUCUUCAGACUACACUCUCACACCACUCGCCGGUGCCCAGCAAGCCUCCUGUCUAUGUGCCAAGGGCCGCAGGACUCACAGUUGGAAACUGACCCCAACAGCCCUUGGGCCUGUGAAUGUGACCAUGAUUGCAGAGGCAGUGAGUUCCCACACCUCGUGUGACAACGAGAUUGUGAACGUACCCGAGAGAGGCCGCAUCGACGUGGUCACGCGUUCUCUCAUCGUGAAGGCUGAGGGAACGGAGCAGACUAAGACACACAACAUCUUGCUCUGUCCAAAAGGAGAGAGUCUUCAGGAGAAGGUGGAGCUCAGCCUACCUGAGGAUAUGAUCCAAGGAUCUGCCAGAGCUUCAGUUUCAGUCCUGGGUGACAUCUUGGGCCGAGCCCUCAAGAACCUAGACGGUCUGCUGAGCAUGCCGUAUGGAUGUGGAGAGCAGAACAUGGCUCUACUCGCCCCCAAUAUUUACAUCCUGGAGUACCUGACCAACACACAGCAAAUCACCUCAAAGAUUAAAGCCAGGGCCACUAACUUCUUGACCAGUGGCUACCAGAGGCAGCUGAACUACAAGCAUUCAGAUGGAGCUUACAGCACCUUUGGAACUGGAUCUGGGAAUACCUGGCUCACAGCAUUUGUGCUGAGAUCCUUCGUCAAAGCAAAGUCUUUCAUCUACAUUGACCCAACCAUCUUAGCGGACGCUAAGGACGCUAAGUCUUGGUUGGAGAGCAAACAACAAGACAACGGCUGCUUCCAAAAGUUGGGCAGUCUGUUCAACAACAGAAUGAAGGGAGGCGUCUCAGACGAAGUCACUCUCUCUGCGUAUGUGACGGCCGCUUUGUUGGAGACCAAUAUGUCUGUUUCUGAUCCACAGAUAAACAAAAGCAUGUCUUGCCUGAGGCAAAGCCUGGGUGAUAAAAGCAACACGUACGCCACGUCUCUGCUGGCUUAUGUCUUCACCCUGGCUGGAGACAUGGAGGCACGGACUUUGCUGCUGGAGCACCUGGACAAGGUGGCCACACAGGAAGGGGGAAACCUCUACUGGUCUCAGAGGUCUGAGAAGUCAAUGUCCCUCUCCGUGGAGAUCAGCUCCUACGUGCUGCUGGCCACUCUCAGCGCCACCCCCACCACUGCUGACCUGGGCUACGCCUCGCGCAUCGUCAGGUGGCUCACUAGCCAGCAGAACUCCUACGGAGGCUUCUCCUCCACACAGGACACGGUGGUAGCUCUUCAGGCCCUCGCUCUUUACUCUACACUGGUGUUCAGCCCAGAAGGCUCCAGCACUGUGGACGUCCAGCUCCCCAGCGGCCAGAUGACCUUUGAGGUGAACCAGGACAACAAACUGCUUUACCAGGAGAGGUCGAUGAAGGACGUGACGGGAAAAUACAGUGUGCUGGUGAAAGGCACUGCUUGUGCCUCCAUGCAGUUGUCUCUUCACUACAAUAUUCCAACCCCAAGAGAUGAAUCGAGUUUCCGGAUCAAGGUGACACCCGACUCUGAAUGCAGCACCAACCAGCUGAGGCCUAAGGUCACCCUUAGGCUAGAGUCCAAAUAUGUGGGAAAGGAGGAUUCCACCAACAUGGUGAUGGUGGAUAUUAAAUUACUGUCUGGAUUUGUUCCUGAGCCAAAGUCUUUGAGAAAGCUCAAGUCUGCACUGCUGGUGGAUCGCGUUGAACAUAACGACGAUCACGUCAUCAUUUACUUGAAACCGUUUUUUGCGGUUGAUGUGCCCAUCAACCACUUUUUAGACAUCUUGCAGGACAUUGAAGUGGAGAACCUGAAGCCUGCUGUGGUCAAGAUCUACGAUUACUACCAGCAAAGUGACCAGGCUGAGACAGAAUAUAAUGACCCUUGUAAUAAAAAGUUGAGGAUUGCAGAUGAAUAAGCAGAUAUUCAACACUUAACCCAAGCUUUCAACAAUGCAAAAACUCAACCAUUUUGUUCAAAGUAUAUUGGUCGAUAUAUUACUACUCAUUGUUUGUUAUGUGGUAUUAUUGGUGGUUUUAUGUCACAAAAUAAAAUACUUUGUUGCAUUUAAAAUGUAUCCUUCAUCAAGCUCUGU